AUGGAGAACGACAGGAAUGAAGAGGCACCACUGGAGGCCGGGGAGGACGGCACCUUUGACGUCGGAGACGCUUCGCCGCCCCCGUCGCCACCCAAACGCGUUGGAAGUGCCCGUAGAACACAAAACGCGACUGCGACUACUGUGUCUACGGCCCCGGCAACCGAUGGCGACCCUUGUGGCUCGCCACCAAUAAAAGACGACUGGGAAAAAGUGGAUCUGGACGGGGCCGACGAGGGACUGCCGCCUCCUGCAGGCAACGCUAGCCAGGGGAGAGAAGCAGGGGCGCCACCAUCGGCACCGGAAUACGCACAGGAAGACUUCCAAGACGCGGUUGAAACGCAAGACGAAAGCGCUACCCAACAGGCCGGAACCGGAGCCACGACCACGGAAGACGGCACCAGUUGUUGUGUAGACGAUUCGCCGGGCAAGGCUUGCGGGCAAGCAGCGCGGGUCGAAAGCUCGGCCGCCGCACCACCGCAUGCUGUUGUGGAGCAGCGGCCACCAGGGUUGGGCGGGAGGGUGAACGUGAUCGCUUCGGGGCUGGCCAACGUGCGACUGCCGAUGGGAUACGGCAGACAAAUGCGGCAGGACGAGGAGGAUGGUCUGGUAGACAGUGAUGGAGAAGAGCAGUUCCACGAUGCCCAAGACAGCGGCCCUGGCGUGGUGAAGGACGCGACCAAGGCCCGAGAGAUGAAGGAGGCGGGCAACGAACACUACAAGAACGGAGAGUUCGAAGACGCGGUCGACUACUACACCAUGGCACUCCACUACUGUCCGGAGGACGAGGCGCACAAGAAGGACAGGGCUGUGUUCCUCGCUAACCGCGCUCAGGGCCACCUCCGAUUGGAAGAGUACGAAACGGUGGUGGAAGACUGCACGGCUGCGCUAGAGCUCGACCCAAGCUACGUGAAGGCGCUCUUGCGACGAGCGCAAGCCAAUGAGCACCUUGAGAAGUACGACAUGGCACUGGAAGACGCGAAGGAGUUGCUAAAGCUUGAUCCGAGUCUCCGCUUGGCGAAGGAGAGCGUGCCGAGGUUGGAGAAGCUUCACAACGACAAGAACGAGAAAAUGAAAGAAGAAGCAAUCGGUAAGCUGAAAGACCUCGGCAAUGCCCUGCUUGGGAACUUCGGCUUGAGCACGGACAACUUCAAGAUGAAACAAGACCCAAACACGGGCUCCUAUAGCAUCAAUUUUGAGAGAUGAUUGCCAAGCAAUCCCCUUAGCGACGUCACGUAAUGCUUAUUUUGGGGGAGUCCCAGCUUCCAGCUUAGGUUUUUCUCUGUCAUAGUGUACCUUUUUGACAGUCGCAGCAUACCCUAGGUGUUGCCGUAGCGUCGGUGGGCAUCUUGUGUAGGCGUGUAGCUGGUUUGUGGGAAUGAUUUUGUGUGCACCGGCCACAUAUAAUGCGUACGCCCGUGCCCCUCUUGAAACGCCAAUGAGACUUGUUCGAGGUUAAGCUUAAACGUCACGAUUGCCUAGUGUAAAUUUUUGUGGUGCUUGUAAGGUGCAUGCUGGAAGCUGUUUUCGAGAGGGCGAGAUCGAGAGAAUGGAUUGACGCAAGAAGCUUGAUGUCGUAGCCGUGCCUUCCUUCAAUGUGGCCAUAGUUUGUUGUGGUGUGUUGUGGAGAUGUACUUGGUUUGCGUACUCUGUAAAACGCAGUAUCCCAUGCCCCAAUUUCCAUG